CACGUCAGCUCUCCGCUCUCCAGCUUUUUUCUUCUUGGUCUGUUUCUGGACUUGUUGCUUUAGUUUCCCUCAGCGCUGCGUGGACUCACCUCCUCGUGGAUUCAGCUCCUCGUGGAUUCAGCUCCGUGUUUCUGCUCCACGGACACACACACGACGCGUGUCCGUGAACCUGUGGCUCGUCGGAGCUCCGGAGAAAAAGCGGCUUCGUGGAUGUUCCGAGCCUUCAACACCACGGAUCCGUCAACAGCUGUUGGUGUGUCACGCGUGUGCGUGCGUGUGUUUGUGUCCCUCAGUGAGACGGCGUGCACACGCCUCCGCGGGGGGCGGGGGGAGCUGUUUAAAAUGCAGCUGAUGUGAGCGCGGAGCCAGACGGAGGUGAGCGGAGCGGCAGCAAUGUCCGCCGAACCGGGCAGUCCGCUGCCGUGACACCGAGCCACGGACCAAACACUCACAGAACCAUGACCGUGGUGCCCGCAGAGAACCUGGAUGAGACGGUGGCUCUGGCCGCGCUGUCCGCCCAGGACGUGUUGGACCCGGAGCGGAACCAGAACCAGGACUGCUGUGAGCGGGUCGUCAUCAAUAUCUCGGGGCUGCGCUUCGAGACGCAGCUCAAGACGCUGGCUCAGUUUCCCGCCACGCUGCUCGGAGACCCGCGCAAAAGGAUGCGCUUCUUCGAUCCGCUCCGGAACGAGUACUUCUUUGACCGGAACCGGCCCAGCUUCGACGCCAUCCUCUACUACUACCAGUCCGGCGGGCGGCUCCGGAGACCCGUGAACGUGCCGGUGGACAUCUUCAUGGAGGAGAUCAAGUUCUACGAGCUGGGUGAGGAGGUGAUCGAGAAUUUCAAGGAGGACGAAGGUUUCAUCAAGGAGGAGGAGCGGCCGCUUCCGGACAGCGAGUUCCAAAGGCAGGUCUGGCUCCUGUUCGAGUACCCGGAGAGUUCUGGUCCGGCCCGGGGCAUCGCCAUCGUGUCGGUGCUGGUCAUCCUCAUCUCCAUCGUGAUCUUCUGCCUGGAGACGCUGCCGGAGUUCCGAGAAGAGGCGAGAACCUUUGACGACCACCUGUUGGUGAACGGAACCUCUCGAGCCAAGAAGCCCAACCCGUUCACCGACCCGUUCUUCAUCGUGGAGACGCUCUGCAUCAUCUGGUUCUCCUUCGAGCUGCUGGUCCGGUUCCUGGCCUGCCCCAGCAAACCCGCCUUCUUCAAGAACAUCAUGAACACCAUCGACAUCGUGGCCAUCAUGCCGUACUUCAUCACUCUGGGUCUGGAGCUGGCCGAGCAUCAGGGCAACGGCCAGCAGGCCAUGAGUCUGGCCAUCCUGAGGGUCAUCCGCCUGGUCCGGGUCUUCCGGAUCUUCAAACUGUCCCGCCACUCCAAGGGUCUCCAGAUCCUCGGUAAGACGCUGCAGGCCAGCAUGAGGGAGCUGGGGCUGCUCAUCUUCUUCCUCUUCAUCGGAGUCAUCCUCUUCUCCAGCGCCGUCUACUUCGCUGAGACCGACGACCCAGAGUCCAGCUUCUCCAGCAUCCCGGACGCCUUCUGGUGGGCCGUGGUCUCCAUGACGACAGUGGGCUACGGGGACAUGUGUCCAGUCACCAUCGGAGGGAAGAUCGUGGGUUCGCUGUGCGCCAUCGCCGGCGUGUUGACCAUCGCGCUGCCGGUUCCGGUCAUCGUGUCCAACUUCAACUACUUCUACCACCGGGAGACGGAACACGAGGAGCAGCUGCAGUACACCCACGUGACCUGCGGCCAGCAGCAGUUCCCCGAGUUUAGGAAGAGUGACAGCAAACCGUCUCUGUCCAAGGACGACUUCCUGUCCAAAGACGACUUCCUGUCCAAGGACGACUUCCGGGACAGCGAGGACGUUGACUCCAUCAAAUACACCAACUGCAGCCCACACAAAGGAACGUACACUGACGUGUGAGGAACCUCAGACUGAAGAGCUCGUCUUUGUUCUUCACCAGAACCACCGGAUUCCGUUCAAACUGUCUUCCAUUACGUCAUGAGUCCAGAUGACUGUAGCACUUUAUGAUCGUAUCGUUUCUUAGUAAGUCUCAUGAUGCAGGUUAAAGUUUACAUGUGCUUUGUAUCCGAGUGCAGCAACAGAACCAUCAGAACCACCAGAACCAGAGCCAUCAGAACCAGAAGGACCAGAACCACCAGGACCACCUGCUGCAUAUUAACCGGUUUAUUUUGGUCUCUAGCAGCGCUCAGCCUGACAGACGGCGUUCAGGGCAGCAGUUAUUUUAACUCUGUCUGAAUCAUGAUGGAAUCAGCUGCAGCCUUCUCCUGACCUGCAGCGCCACCGUAUGGACGCAGAGCGGUGCUGCAUGCUGGAUGCAGUUUCUAUAGCAACCUUCCAGACUUUUCUGUCUCGUCUCCACAGGGAUGGAGGUGGAGAAUGAACCACCAUGUUGUGGAGCCUCCAUGUUGUUGGAUUUUAGGAGCUCAGAAAUGAAGCAGAUCCUCAGAAACAUUUGAUCUUAUUUUAGGAUCACAGUUUCCUCAAAUCACCGUUUAAAUGACGUUUUAAGACCAAAAAAACCCAUGAAAAUAUGCCCCACCAAUCUGAAAGGAAGUUAUACUAUACUACUAUAUUUCGAAACAAGACAAAAAAAUUUAAUUUGAUUAGAAACAGACAUGAGGUACGGAAGCCCCAAAGGGCCAAAAUAUCAGCUGUUAGAAUGUCUAAUUUGGUUUAACUUCAUUUUGAAAACCAUCUGAGUUUACAUGAUUUAUACACAUAAUUUCUGACAUUUCAAAGUUUAUUUGUUGUUUCCUCCUUUCUUUUUUAAAUGAAUUGACUUUUUAAUAUGGACCCAACAGUCCGGUCCAGAAAAACUAAAUGAAAAUUCAAGUUAAGGUGAAUUUAAAUCUGCUGAUGAAUGAAGCUCCAAUCUUAACUUUCAUGCAGCAAAAACCAAGAAACUCUGGAGGGAAUUUAAAUAAACCAAAAUAAUUUAUUACAGAAUUUUAACCACUUAAACUCACUGUUUUUUUUUCAAGAAUAAGGGAUUUAGACAUUAUAUAUUAUAAUAAUAUUCUAUUAUUAGAAUAUAUAAUAAACAUUUUACAUCCAGCACUAUUUAAAUGUUCAUUCCUGAGUUGUGUUUAAAAAAAAGAGAAAAGUCUGGCAUCUUUUUCCUUCCAUAGUGGUGAAAUAAGAUGAAAUCUGAGGUUUUUCUUUUAAUUAAUCGGUUCAAGUCCACGAUGGAGCUGCAGGAGCUGAAGGACUCUUCAUGGUGGACUCAGCUGGACUCAGCUGGACUCAGGGACACCUGCUGGACGUACGGUGGAUUUAACUGAUGGAAUUAAAUGGACGUGUUGCUGUGAAGGCUGAACUGGGCGUCCUGUUGGUGGAUUAUUUUCUGACCGAUGGAUGUUUAGAAGCUGACGGACUUCAGGUUCUGGUCCAGACUGAGGAGGAUCAUGCUGAGUCCAUCAUCAUCAGGGAGUCCUUCAUGAGUCCAUGAGGAAGAGGACUUCAGCUCUGAGAACCGCAGGAACAUCAACAUGGACGUCAUGGAAUUAUUCUGUUGCUAAUCUCUAUUUUUUAGCACCAUGCUGGUUUUCUACGGGGAGAAAUCGUCCACCUUGGGAAUUAUUUUCUAGAUUCGGAACAUUUUUCUAAUGUAUUUUGAUUUUUGUUCUUUUUUGCCUUGGUGAAGACGAAGCAGCUCCAGCGGUCAAACCGUCCAUGAAUGUUUGGCAGGAAAAAGAUUCUCUGAAUGUUUCUGUGUUUUUGGUCAGAAUAUGAGUAACAUCUACCUCAGUUCAUCAGAAGCUUUAACACCUCCAUGAUCUCCAACAUCUGGUGCAGCGACUCACUGAAGCUCUACAAACUGCCGACAAAACAUAGAAGAUGUAGACAGAAUCUAAAUAUGAAGCCAAUAAUUAACGGUUCAGGCGUUUUGUUUUGCACAUUUUGUUAAUUUAUUUGUGAAACGGAGUGAAUGUGAGAGUUUGAGUUAAAUGUUGAUUUAAAGGCAAUAAUGUUCUGAGAGCGACUCGUCUUAAAAAGCUGAAACUGAUCUUUCACUUCCUGUUUUCCCAGAAUCAGACCAAGUUUCUGCUUCCAGCUAAACUUCAACUAAACCUGAAAAACCAACAAAUGCUGCUGUUGGUUUCACAGCAAAGUCUGAAAACUAAACACGGAUUUAUUAAGUGGCAUUUUUAUUCACCUUUCUGUUUCUGCUUUUAGUCUCUGUUGCUCUUUUCACUUAUUUCCAGUUUCAGUUGUUUAGUUUUCAGACAUAAGAAAAAUAUUCCCAGAAUAAAAUGUGGGUUUAUCUCCAUAAAACUAAUAUUAGUGAUAAGAAAUGGAAAUGUUUCCCUACACCGAAGCUAACAGCUAUGCUAAGCUAACAGUUUCCCUCCACUGAAGCUAACAGGUAUGCUAGGAUAACAGUUUCCCUCCACUGAAGCUACAAGCUAAGCUAAGCAUUUCCCCCACAGAAGCUAACACCUAAGCUAAGCUUACAAUUUCCCUCCACUGAAGCUAAGCUAAUGUUUUCUACAAUGAAGCUACUCGCUAAGCUAACAAUCACUCUCCACUGAAGCUAAUAGCUAGGAUAAGUUAACAGUUAUCCUUCACUAAAGCUAAUAACUAAGCUAACAGUUUCCCUCCACUGAAGCUAUUAGUUAAGCUAAUAGUUAUCCUCCACAGAAGCUAAAAGCUAAGCUAACAGUUUUCUUCUCUGAAGUUAAGAGCUAAGCUAACAGUUUCCCCCUCUGAAGCUAGUAGCUAAGCAAAUAGUUUUAUCUUGUCUGAUUCUGGGACCAAUCAGCUGUCUUGAUGCUUCCACUGUUGUGCUUCAGCUCUGCUUAGCGUGUUCUGCUUCCUGUAUGCGCAGUAAUAGCGCAGUGCUAGCGCUAGCUUCAUGCUCCUCCAUCCAUCUGCUCUUCAUCCAUUCAUACAACAAUAGACGGGAAGCUGAAGGCUUUCUGUUUCUCUUUUUUAUUCCCCAUGUUUGUUUUGACAAUCUUGAAUUGUGAUCUAUUUUUGAUAAAAUGAAUCUUUAAUCCUGAUCGAUCUGCAUGUGUCACAUGAUCACAUGCAGAUGUGUCAUUUCCUGUUUCCUGUGUUAUGAUGUCAUCACCAUCUUCAGUCAGUGGAUCAUUUUAACUCUGUUGGUUCAUUUUAACUGUAGAUCAGUUUAAAGUCCUGCAGAUCUGUGGAACCAGAACAUCAUGAACGAGAGAACUCAGAGAUGGAACGACGGAAACCAGAAGAAAUAAACUCUCCUUUGGUUAUUUAUUUUAAAAAUCAGUCAGAGCCAAGAAAAGAAGGUUUGGUUAAACAGUGAAUUAACUUCAUCCAUGCUGAGGUUCCAGGUGUUCUCUUGAAGGGGCGGGGCUUCAAAUACACCUCAGACAGGUUACAAAAGUCUGUUUGAACACAUCACAUGUUCCAUGAUAUUCUGACAGAUUAUUUUAUCAUCUUUAAUGAGAUGAGAUCAUAAUUCUCUGUCGGUGUGUUUGAAUCCAUCCCUAAUGGAGACGCUGAUCAGUAAAACAUUCAUCGACUAAAACCUAGUUCCUGUUUAGUUCCAUUAAUGUGGUGGAUGAAUACAUUGGUGAGCAGGUCAGACAGCAGCUUUUCUCAAAGUAGAUCUGAUGCAGUUUGAUCAUCUUUGGAUUAGGGGUUAGUCUUUGGAUUAGGGGUUAGUCCUGGAUUAGGGGUUAGUUACUUAGUCACAGUGUUGUAGUUGAGGGUUAAAUAUAAAAUAAUACAUCAGAAUCAUUGAACAGCUUCAUGGUCUGAUUUGUGUUUUUAUAAAUAUUAUUUAUGUUCAUCAGCCGUUUCCAUCCAGUUUCAGCUCAUAUGUUGAGGGUCUAAACCAAACCCAGCCUUCACUGUCCUGCUGAUCUGUACAAUAUUAAUGUGUGUAGUUUGUGCAGAUGUUUAUGUCGUAACCAUAGAAACCAGCAGCUAUUCACCAAUAAGCAAUAAUGCAUGUAAAGUACAACGUCAUCAGCAAAAGAUGAGUUGUCUGGUUGUUCAUAUCUGUGCAUAAAAAGUAAAUAGUGCCUUAAUAACCAUAAUGAUGUUAAGUUAUUAACCUGUUAAUGCAUCUGAAGUACCAUAGAAGAAGAACGUGUGUGUCCGUGUUAGAAGAAUAAAGAAUUAAUGUAGAUUAAUGUCUUGAAUGUACAGUAAGAAGUCUUCCUGCUUGGUGUUGGACGGAAAAACUGAAGAAGAAAAAAAUCUUAAAGAGCCUGAGUCUGAGAAGACAGACUGCUGCUGAGUGUUUGACAUUUAGAAGACUUAUCUCCUGGAGAAAAUGCAAUUUUGGUUCGUUUCCUGUAGAAAACCGGCCGAAAAACACAAAACACUGAUUUAAUGUUGAGACAAAGUCACAGAAAAAUAGUUUCAUCGACAUUAAAUGACAAAUUUAGGAUAAAAGAAGUAAAAAAACGAGCAGCAGGAAUGUCCUCUCUGAGCUCCUGUAGUUUGGUUUUUUGAACAUUCUGUUUCUCAAGUACCAAAAUACUUUAAUCUUAAUGUGGAAUGACAGUUUCAAACCAGAGUACAUCUCAGCCUUUAUUUCAGAGUGUUUUAUAAACACUUACUGAUUGAAAAUAGGUUAGUUGAGUUAACCCUCCUUUUGUCCUCAUUUAGGGGCAGCAAAAAUAUUGUUCCUUUCUCUGAAAAAAAAUCUAAGAAUUCAGAAAAAAAAAUCCCCAAAUUUAUAAAAAUUUGCAAAAUCUUCAGGAAGAAAA